UAUAUAUAAAACAGUCCCUUAAAUCAGUAAAGAGGAACAUUGUUGACUGGAAUAAAAGAGAAACAUUUUGAAGAAUUGUUUAAUAACAGAUUUUUCUCUCUGUCUCCUCAGACUGAGUGACUGUAACCUCUCAGAGAGAAGCUGUGAAGCUCUGUCCUCAGUUCUCAGCUCCCAGUCCUCCAGUCUCAGAGAACUGGACCUGAGUAACAACAACCUGCAGGAUUCAGGAGUGAAGCUUCUCUCUGCUGGACUGAAGAGUCCAAACUGCAACCUGGAAACUCUCAGGUAAAAUGUUCUCAAUCCUGGUGAAACCAGAUUUCUGUCGUUUACCUGCUUUCAAAGAUGAUGUAAUAAUUAUUUGUUAUAAUAAUAGAUGUCUGUCUGUGACAUGGUUAACAUGCUAAAUCUCAACACAUAAUAAUGACUAAUUUUUAUUUACUCCAGGCUGAAAGAACCAAAAAAAGAUUAAUGAAGAAAAGUGGAGGUCAGGCUUCGACUGAUAGUGUAACUCUACAUAUUUGACAGAUUGCUGCAUCCUAGUUGAACAAAGGAUCAUUAUUGCAGAUCUUUCCAACCAGCAGUUGUCAGACUUUCUAAACCAUCAUAAGGGAAAUGUUGAUUUUCAUUACCUACAAAAGGAAAUACAGUUUUAUUAAUAUUUCAUAUUAUUAAUAGGUUAAGCACCAGUUUCUUGUGUGUUUUCCUCCCAUGAAAAUGAUCAGUUCAGACUUUGGUUUCUUCCUCAAUGUUCUCAUUUUCUCAUCAUGUGAUGAAUUGUGUGUCUGCAGCUUAUCAGGCUGUUUGGUCUCAGAGGAAGGCUGUGCUUCUCUGGCCUCAGCUCUGACCUCCAACCCCUCCCAUCUGAAAGAGUUGGACCUGAGCUACAAUCAUCCAGGAGACUCAGGAGUGAAGCUGCUGUGGGCUGGACUGAAGGAUCCACACUGGAGACUGGAAGCUCUCAGGGUGGAGCCUGCUGGAGUCCGAUUCUUGACACCAGGUCUGAGGAAGUAUUCCUGUCAACUCACCAUCGACACAAACACAGUGAACAGAAACCUCAAACUGUCUGAAGACAACAGGAAGGUGACACGUGUGGAAGAGUUUCAGUCAUAUCCUGAUCAUCCAGACAGAUUUGAUUACUGGAAUCAGCUGCUGUGUAGAACUGGUCUGACUGGUCGCUGUUACUGGGAGGUCGAGUGGAGAGGAAAUGUUUAUAUAUCAGUGAGUUACAGAAGAAUCAAGAGGAAAGGAGACAGUAGAGACUGUUUGUUUGGAUGGAAUGAUCAUUCCUGGAGUCUGAGCUGCUCUGAUGUUGAUGGUUACUCUGUCUGUCACAAUAACAUAGAAACUCGUCUCUCCUCCUCCUCUGUCUCUAACAGAGUAUCAGUGUAUGUGGACUGUCCUGCUGGCAUUCUGUCCUUCUACAGAGUUUCCUCUGACUCACUGAUCCUCCUCCACACCUUCAACACCACAUUCACUGAACCUCUGAUUCCUGGAUUUGGGUUCUGGUCCAGUUCUGGUUCCUCAGUGUUUCUGUGCUGAGUUGAAUCUAAAGAGUCUAAAUAUUUUCUUCCUGUCAGAGAAACUCUCUCACUGUUGAACAGAUAGUUCAGUCUCUACAAUCUAUUUCUUGGUGAAACAAUUCUGAUCGAGUCCUUGGAAACUUUUUCUUCUUCCAGUCCUUUACAGAUGGAAGCUGGGAUUAUUCCAGGAUUAUUCCAGGAUCCUCAUGUUUUUCUGUUUGUUUCCUGUCAAUGCUUCACACUGAAUAUCAAGAUGUUGUUUCUCUUAUUUUUUUCCAUUUAUUCUUCGUAUUUCAUUAAAAUGUUGAUCAGUUUUUCUCAAUCACUGAUCAUUUUGUUUCUAUCAGCUCCUAUUUUUCUCAACAUGUCAGAUUUGAAUAUUAAAUCUUUUGUAAAUUUGC